AAAAUAAAGUCCGGCGCUCUCCGCAGGUAACUGGAAGGGAUUGCGCCCCACCCCAGAUCGCCCUACCUGGGCUGUGCUUUGCGCAGAGGCAACAGUGGAGCGAGUACCGUGCAGCUGCGGAACGGAUUUUGCGGGCAAUGGGGAUGUGUUUUCAGAACGGACCGGGGAAAGGAAGUGUGCUACCUUAUCAAGAGGACUGAUUCCCGGCUGCUGUCGGGAUGGAGUGGGGUUCUUCGAGUUCGGGCUGCUCCCGGCGGGCCUGAUUCUUUGGUUCACCGGUGACAGGUGGAGGUGACUGUGGGCACCGGCCCUGCUUGUUUUGGCGGCGCACGGGACGGGCUGACUUUGGCUGCUGCUCUUGCUGACCUUGGCCCAGGGUCGGACCCAAUGGCGGCUUUGGCCGCUGUCAGCCUGAGCAGGACUGCUGCCCCAUACUCGCGAGCACUAGGCGCUGGGGCCCGGGCAGCUCUUCCUCACUUCCCCUCAGGCUCCCAGCCUGACCCCUGGGGCUGUAGCCCCGCUCGGGGCCGGACGCUGCACCUCACCACGGAAGUCCCCGCCGGGCACAACAAGUGGUCCAAAGUCCGGCACAUCAAGGGUCCCAAGGAUGCUGAAAGGAGUCGCAUCUUUUCCAAGCUCUGUUUGAGCAUCCGCCUAGCUGUUAAAGAAGGAGGCUCCAAUCCUGAGCUCAACAGCAACCUGGCCAACAUCUUAGAGGUGUGUCGCAGCAAGCAUAUGCCCAAGUCAACGAUUGAGGCAUCGCUGAAAAUGGAGAAAACCAAGGGCAUUUAUUUGUUGUAUGAGGGUCGAGGCCCUGGUGGCUCUUCUCUGCUCAUUGAGGCAUUAUCUAACAGUGGCUCCAAGUGCCAUUCGGACAUCAAACACAUCCUGAACAAGAAUGGGGGAGUGAUGGCUGAAGGAGCUCGCCAUUCCUUUGACAAAAAGGGGGUGAUUGUAGUUGGAGUGGAGGACAGAGAGAAGAAAGCAGUGGACCUAGAGCGUGCCCUGGAGCUGGCGAUCGAAGCAGGAGCUGAGGAUGUCAAGGAAACUGAAGAUGAAGAGGAAAAGGACAUUUUUAAAUUUAUUUGUGAUGCUUCUUCACUGCAUCAAGUGAGGAAGAAGCUGGACUCCCUGGGCUUGUGUCCUGUGUCCUGUGCACUAGAAUUCAUCCCCAACACAAUGGUGCGGCUGGCUGACCCUGACCUGGAGCAGGCCGCCCACCUCAUCCAGGCUCUCGGCAACCACGAGGACGUGAUCCAGGUCUAUGACAACAUUGAGUAACCGGACUGUACGUGCCCCCUCCCACCCCCGCCCCGGCUCCUUACUAGGCAACUGGCAGCUCGUUCUGGAGCACAGACUUGUGCAGGGUACUCUAAGAGGGAAGCAGGUUGGGGGCCUCGCAGGUUCAGAGGCACAAGAUCUGUAGCUUUGUAGCCAGGGAAAUCCCCAUACUUCUCUGGGGCCUCUGUCAGCUCUGCUGGUGUCUCAGAGCCCUCCUGGGUGAGUCUUGCCACUUGCUCCUGAGUGGGGCCAAUCAGCUAGUCAGGCUCUGAUCUCAGAAAGUUGGCCUUUGUGGGGAUGGUAGGUGCCUUGAGGGCCCAUGUACUAGAAACUGCUCUUAAAUAGUAACAGUGAUUGAUCUAGGUUGCUGUACUGUUGUCGUAUGGCUCUUGUGUUUUCCUGGGCUUGUGUCCAGCUGUUGGGACCCUCUUGACUUCCUUUCAAGUCUGUAGGCUCAGUUCCACUACUCCAAUCCCAGGACUGUUGUUUAUGUUUGCUGAUUGGCUACAGAAAUGUAGCUCUGUCCAGGCACUGUGUGUUCUAAUGCUGGUCUAAUGGCCUAAACCUGUCAUUCAUACAUGCAACUUUUAUCAAACACCUACUAGGUACCAGGAACUAUACUUAUCAAGAGCACAAGGCUUCAGUUGGUGCCCUGUGUUAGAUCCUACUCUAAGACAUAGGCUCUCAGAGGGAAGACAUAGGACUGCUCUCUACUAGAGAUGUCCCAGGGCAGUGCAAGCUGCUGUGCACGCAUCCUUGUUCUCUUCAUGUGGUCUUCGUGCCCUUCUGCCAGGGAGCUUAAGGCUCUAGCCCAAUAGGAAGUCAAGUACCAAUGAUAAGGGACUCUCAGGCCCUGCUUUGCCCGGCCCCUGUAUAUUCUGAGAUUUGUCAGAGUGGACCCGUCAGCAGAUUGGGCUACCCUCAGAAAAGACUAUAUCCAGCUUGUUUUGAAAGCUGCUUGGUCCCCAGAAUGUCCAACUCUAGAUCCUUUUCAUCCCUGAUGCCAGAUGAUGGGGCACUGGGAACUGGAGAGGAAACAAGAAGAGAAGGAAGGGUGAAGGCUGAGUCAGAAGCCUGGCCAGGUGGGAAAUAAGGCCAUUGGUGCCUUUUGCUCCUAAGUCACUUCUGGAUUUAGAGGGACCAGGAGUGCCAACCACCUGUGCUGGAGACCGUCAAGCAUGUGAGGGCUGGAGUGGUUUUUUAUCUCUGUUAUUCACUUACUUAGGAGUUGUUUAAGCCAGUUCUGAGAUCAGAGUAAUUUUCCUGAAGAAGCCUCAGGUAAAUGAGGCUAGAAAAGAACUAAAACCAAAUUAGUUAUAAGUAAUAACUUCAGCUUCUAGGAAAAACGGAUUACUAAUUCCAAGGUGACUCCAACAGCUGGAGAGUGAAGGCUAGGGGGAGGAAAACCAAUGAAAUAAUCCACAAUCAUGCCAAAGUAUAUGCUGUUAUACCUCAUCUUAUAAUCAUGAUACCACCUGGGAUUCUUUAGUUUUUAUAGGCGAUAACUCAUCCAGAUAUCUGAAUAGCACAUCAUUUAAAAUAGGGCAAGUUAAAGUUUAAAUGCUGCUUCAUAAUUUAUAA